GCGCCGGGAGCCGUACCGAGUGGGCUCGCCGGCGCGGCUGGUCCUGCCAAGUCCCGGGCGGCCGAUGGACGUGGCCAUCCUGGCCGUCGCAGCUCAGGGUGGUCCAGGUUCGCGUGAGCCAUUGGCCAGAGGCGAGGGAAGCGCUGGGCUGGCAGCGCCGCCGGUCUUCGGUGGCGAGCCAGCAGAGAGAUGGCGUUUCGCCGAGAUCCAGAUCGUGGAGCGCCGAAUCGUGCAGGUUGGCGUCGAGCGCCGCAACGAUGUGGAGCUCCAGCAGCAGGUCAGCACCUAUGUGGCCGGCAUCGUUGACCUCCAGCAGGGCAGGCACGAGGUGGAGACCGUGGGUAUGCGGUUGAAGGUCACUGAGGCGGAGCUCGAGACGGCGAGGGACGGCCUCAGGGUCGAGUACGACGAGGCCAAGCAGCAAGAGUUGCAGCAGUGCGUCGAGGAGCGCGACGCUGCGAUGGUGCGGUCCAGGGAUGUCCACAAUGCCGAGAUGCGGGUCUUGGAUGCCGAGGCCAAUCACGUCUUGGUUGCAGGUCGUGCUGAGAACGAGCUGCGGUCUGAAGUCGGAGCGAUCAAGAGGGCGCGAGACACGCUUCAGGCCGAGUGGACCGAGGCGACCGAGCAGGUCCAGAGCGCCGAGGCGAAGGUGCAGCAGAGAGGCAUCGCAAAGGACCAGGACUUCGAGCGUCUCAAGGCGGAGGCGAGCGACCUGAAGUUCCAGUUGCAGGAGGAGUCCGAGAUCGCGCAGUUGGCGCGGCGGCGGCUGACUACACGUGCCCAGUCGUCGGACGACCAGCUCCGCGGGGAGCUCAACGACGCGGCCAUGAAGUGCGAGAUGGUGGAGGCCGAGGCGUCCAGGCAGAUCGCGGCUGCGUGGGCUGAGUGCGACAUGAAGGUCGAAUCAGCUCAGCACGAGGAGCGGGAACACAAGCGAGGCGCAGAUUCAGCCAGGGUAAAUUUCUACGCAAGCCAGGCUUUGCACAACACCGAGAAGGAAUACUACGAGCACGAGGUCGACGAGUUGCGCGCCGAGUCCCGCGAGCAGAGGGAUGAGAAGGCGGCCUUGGCGAGGGCGGCCCAGGAGCUGAUGGAUAUCCAAGCUCCAGGACCGCAUGAGCAUGAGUACGCCGAAGGCCAUUGGGAGCAGCAGGACGACAUGGAUUUCGUCAGUCGGACUGGACCAGUCGAUCCAGGACCUGCGGUCCCACCAGGACUCUCGAGGCAGUCGGCGGCAACGCCGGGUGCAUCGUCCCAGGACGCUGGCAUCGCCGCAGCCAUGAUGGAGUUCAUGCGCCAGAUGGCCGACCAGCAGCGUGCUGGGGUCGAGUCGAAGCUGAAGCCAGCGAAGCCUUCGCUCACGGGCAAGGAUGCGAGCACCUUGAAAGUCGAGCUUGAGAAGUUCCGCACCAACCAGAACGAAGCGCGCCAGAACAGCAAGGCGAUCUGGUUCGAGGGCGCGAGGGCCAUCGCUGAGGGCACCGCGAAGAUCGAGCUCGAAGACAUGAUCGUUGCCGAGAUGGGUGGCGAGGAGGCUUUCCAGAAGCUG